AUGCUCAAGGCGGCGGUAGGCGCUGUGCGCCAGGGCAGGAAUGGCAGCGCGUUUGCUGCCGUGCAGCAGCUGAGGGCCUACGCUGCGGGGGCUCCUACAGUGGGCUACGUGAACCAGGUCAUUGGCCCUGUGGUGGACGUGCGGUUUGAGGGCGAGCUGCCGGCCAUCAUGUCCGCGCUGGAGGUGCAGGACCACAACAUCCGCCUCGUGUUGGAGGUGGCGCAGCACCUGGGAGAUAACAACAUCCGCUGCAUUGCCAUGGACAUGACGGACGGCCUCGUGCGGGGGCAGCGCGUCGUCGACACCGGGGCGCCCAUCAAGGUGCCCGUGGGCCGCGGCACCCUGGGCCGUAUCAUCAACGUCAUUGGCGAGCCCGUGGACGAGUGCGGCCCCGUCGAGUCAAGUGAUCUGUGGUCCAUCCACCGUGAGGCGCCCGAGUUUGUGGAGCAGAGCACCGACCAGGAGAUCCUGGUGACGGGCAUCAAGGUGGUGGACCUGCUGGCCCCCUACCAGAGGGGCGGCAAGAUCGGCCUGUUUGGCGGCGCAGGCGUGGGCAAGACCGUGCUCAUCAUGGAGCUCAUCAACAACGUCGCCAAGGCGCACGGUGGUUUCUCCGUGUUUGCGGGUGUGGGUGAGCGCACUCGUGAGGGCAACGACCUCUACCGCGAGAUGAUCGAGUCCGGUGUCAUCAAGCUGGGCGAUGAGCGCGGGCAGUCCAAGUGCACGCUGGUGUACGGCCAGAUGAACGAGCCCCCAGGGGCGCGCGCGCGCGUGGCCCUGACGGGCCUGACCGUGGCGGAGUACUUCCGUGACGUGGAGGGCCAGGACGUGCUGCUGUUUGUGGACAACAUCUUCCGCUUCACGCAGGCCAACAGCGAGGUGUCGGCGCUGCUGGGCCGCAUCCCCUCCGCUGUGGGCUACCAGCCCACGCUGGCCACUGACCUGGGUGGCCUGCAGGAGCGCAUCACCACCACCACCAAGGGCUCCAUCACCAGUGUGCAGGCCGUCUACGUGCCCGCGGACGACCUCACGGACCCCGCCCCCGCCACCACCUUUGCCCAUCUGGACGCCACCACGGUGCUGAGCCGCUCUAUUGCGGAGCUGGGCAUCUACCCUGCGGUGGACCCCCUGGACUCCACCAGCCGCAUGCUCGACCCCCGCAUCAUUGGUGCGCCGUACCCCUGA